AAAAAGUGGCAGUCGUAAUAGCGAGCUGAAGCUGAACGAGAGGAAAAGUGAAAAGAAAGCAGAGAUUUAACCAUGUCGAAGAUCGGAAUUAACGGAUUUGGCCGUAUCGGCCGUCUGGUGCUGCGUGCCGCCGUCGAAAAGGGCGCCGCCGUGGUGGCCGUUAACGAUCCCUUCAUCGAUGUCAACUACAUGGUGUAUCUGUUUAAAUUCGACUCGACUCACGGUCGUUUCAAGGGCACCGUUGCGGCUGAGGGCGGUUUCCUGGUGGUGAACGGCCAGAAGAUUACCGUUUUCAGCGAACGCGACCCGGCCAACAUCAACUGGGCCAGCGCUGGCGCGGAGUAUGUGGUGGAGUCGACCGGAGUGUUCACCACCAUCGACAAGGCGUCCACCCACUUGAAGGGCGGUGCCAAGAAGGUCAUCAUCUCGGCCCCCUCCGCCGAUGCGCCCAUGUUCGUCUGCGGCGUCAAUUUGGAUGCCUACAGCCCCGACAUGAAGGUGGUCUCGAACGCCUCUUGCACCACCAACUGUCUGGCUCCUCUGGCCAAGGUCAUCAAUGACAACUUCGAGAUCGUCGAGGGUCUGAUGACCACAGUUCACGCCACCACCGCCACCCAGAAGACCGUGGAUGGACCCUCUGGUAAGCUGUGGCGCGAUGGACGUGGUGCUGCCCAGAACAUCAUCCCGGCCGCCACCGGAGCUGCCAAGGCUGUGGGCAAGGUAAUCCCGGCCCUCAAUGGAAAGCUCACCGGCAUGGCUUUCCGCGUGCCCACGCCCAACGUCUCUGUGGUGGAUCUAACUGUCCGUCUGGGCAAGGGAGCAUCCUACGAUGAGAUCAAGGCUAAGGUCGAGGAGGCUUCGAAGGGUCCCCUAAAGGGAAUCCUGGGCUACACCGACGAGGAGGUCGUCUCCACCGAUUUCCUCAGCGACACCCAUUCGUCGGUCUUCGACGCCAAGGCUGGCAUUUCGCUGAACGACAAGUUCGUCAAGUUAAUCUCAUGGUACGACAAUGAGUUCGGUUACUCCAACCGUGUCAUCGAUCUGAUCAAGUAUAUGCAGAGCAAGGACUAAAUGCCACAAUCAUAAAAACCCGGGGCCUUCAAGUUGAUCAGGAAUCACUGUUGUAUAACCUAGGUAAAAUGCCCCGGUAAUUCAGCACUAUGCACAAUUAAUAUCCUUUGAUGGUUACCAGAGUCAUAGCAAUUUAAAUACAAAUAUCCAUACCUACACAAAUAUAUUUAUUGCUGUUAAAUAAAGUAUUGCUCUGUUACUGUAUUUAACUGCCAGCUAUUUAAAAAAUAAAAUCAUGUGCAUAGUUGAA